AUGGCUUACCGACAGAACGAUCAUGAGCGAACACCGCUCGCAUCUGACAGCCAGGCCAACAACGAUGCUGCUUACGAGGAUUACAUGAGACGUUACCGAGCCCGAAAUCCCAACUCAAACUGGGAACCCAAGACGCGAAGGAUGGUCGGGCCAAUGUAUAACCCAACGCCAUGGCUAUCGCCUGCCACUACUCCUGACUACCGUGAGCGGGAUUUUUUUGAUCCUUUUGUAGUUUCUGAUGGACACCGUAUUACGCCGAGACUACCCCUACCACGUGAAUCCCCAAGAGUUGAACCUCGAGGGGUUGAGCCUCAAAGAAGACAGGACCCUGAUGAAAGCCCGCAGUGCAAAUACGUUCCCGGUGAAGGAUACAGGCAAGUUGAACCAGGUACACGUUCGGGAGCUAACCAGCAGCACUACUCGAGGAGAGCGAACGAACAACGGCGGGAAAACGAGCGUAGAUUCUUGAGUGAUGUGCAAUCUGAAGUUGGCAGGGAUAAUGGAUAUCCCCAUGUCAGCAGAAGCUACCAGGUCGACAGAAGAGAGCCUCAAGAUACCAGAAUGGACCCUAAUGCUAAUGCUCGAGCUCCUAUUCCGGAUAUGUGGACUGCUACACCAGAAGCGAGGGAGUGGAUGGGCAGAGUGCAACGGGAAGUGAACAUUCGAGGUAGAUACCCAGGAGCUAGUUUCAGUGAGCAAGGUUUCUGGCGCCGAUAA